AUGUCUGGCAAGCUCGAUAAGCCUCUUGACGAGAUCGUCUCGGCUCAGCGCCGCUCUGCCGGCCGCCGUCGCUCUCUGCGACCCCGCGCUGGUCGUCCUGCCACCACCGCUCCCGUUGGCGGCAUUCAGAAGGCCACCAAGCCCGCUCGCGGUGCUGCCGCCAAAGCCGCCCCGACCAAGGCUGCCGCCAUCAGCGGUGAGAGCAAGGUCAUUGUCAGCAACCUGCCCAAGGAUGUUUCGGAGCAGCAGAUCAAGGAAUACUUUGUUCAAGCUGUAGGACCGAUCAAGAGAGUCGACCUUGUUUAUGGACCCAACUCCCAGAGUCGCGGUAUCGCCAACGUUACUUUCCACAAGCCUGAUGGCGCUAGCAAGGCCUUCCAGAAGCUGAAUGGUCUUCUCGUUGACAACCGCCCUAUCAAGAUCGAGAUUGUUGUCAAUGCUUCUCAGGCCGACAAGGUCAUCCCGCCCGUCAAGUCGCUUGCUGAGCGUACCUCUCAGCCCAAGGCUCAGCCCAAGUCAGCUGCCACUGGCAAGCAGAACACCAACGCAGGCAAGGCUGGCGCCGUCGGCAAGGCUGGUGUUAACAAGAAGCGCCGCGGUAAGAGCGCUCGCCCGGCCAAGAAGACCACCGAGGAGCUUGACUCGGAGAUGGCCGAUUACUUCCAGCCUGGCAGCAACGAGAACGCGAAUGCCAACGCCAGCGCCCCCGCUGCUGCUACCACCGACGCGGCCAUGGAGGACGAGAUUAUGUGA